CUUUCGUGUUAUCUCUUGGAUCUUGGUUCGCUACCCAGGAUGAAAAUGAAAGCAAGCCCGAUUCUAAUGACGUUGUUCGCGGCGGCGGUCGGGUUCUUCAUCGGCGUUUCCUUUCCUGUGGACGUCACACCAAAGCUUCAGUGUGGCAUACUCCCUUGGAGCAGCUGCUUCAGUCACAGCACCAUGUUGGGCAGAUUAUGGGGAGCGCCGUUCAGGAACAGCAGCUCCCGCACCCCAAAUGUGACGAGUUCGGCGCCGAGUGUAGAGGUUGCAACAGCAACAAACACUGAAGAAGGGUCGGAGAGGCGGCUGCCGCCGGGGAUUGUGGUCUCGGAGUCCGAUCUUCACCUGCGCCGGCUCUGGGGAUCCCCAACACAGGACAGCCCGGCCCGCAAGUACCUCCUCGCCCUCGCGGUCGGGUAUGGCGAGAGAGCCAAUGUCAACGCAACUGUCCACAAGUUCUUGGACAACUUCGACAUCGUGCUGUUCCACUAUGACGGCCGCACAACUGAGUGGGACAUAGAGUUCAAGUGGUCGAAGAAGGUCACUCAUGUCAGUGCCAGGAAACAGACCAAAUGGUGGUUCGCUAAGAGGUUCCUGCACCCGAGCAUCGUGGCGCCCUACGACUACGUGUUCGUGUGGGACGAGGACCUUGGCAUUGACAACUUCGCCGCGGAACCGUACCUGGACAUCGUGAGGAGGCAUGGGCUGGAGAUCUCGCAGCCGGGGCUGGACACGACCAAUGGGCCGGCACCGACUUACUACAUCACCGCCAGGAAAAACGGCAGCGAGAUGCACAAGACAGAUGCAGGAGGGGAGCAUUGCUCGGACGUGCACAAGCGCCCGUGCAGCGGGUUCGUGGAGGUGAUGGCGCCGGUCUUCUCUAGGGAUGCUUGGAGAUGCGUGUGGCAUAUGAUCCAGACUGACUUUGUCCAUGCAUGGGGUCUUGACUCCAAUUUCUGGAGAUGCGUCGAU